AUGUCGAACUACAUCUUUAAGCCGUUUCACGAGACAUACAGAAUAAUUACGUUCACAAUGAUAGCGGCGAUGAUUUACCCGAAUCCGGCCACCGAGAAAAGAAGACUUAUAUACAUAGGGCUGAUGCUUCUGAGCGUGAUCCCGCUAGCGUUUAUGAUCGUCACGGAAAUGUACGAGUUCUUCAUGGCGAGCGACCUCAACAACACAAUACGACACAGCACGGUCAUAGGACCGUUCAUAGGAGGAUUCGUUAAGGUGGCACUAAUGUACUACAAACGAAGACAAGCCAAUGAACUAGUCUCCGAAAUAAACCGCGACCAUCUAGCUUACAACGGUCUGAAAGGAGAGGACAGAGAAAUCGCGGCGUCCAGCAUCAGAAACUGUCAGAUAUACUGCGAGUUGGGCUGGACGCUAAUAGUUAUGAGUUGCGGCCUGUCCUUCCCGGUCAUUGCGAUUCUAUUGAAAAUUCACAGUUUCACUUUUAAAUUAGACUCCACGAAGCAUAUGAUACAUGAUAUAAACAAUCCCUUCACCGACGACCCGGAAGACAGAUUUGAGUCACCAUUCUUCGAGAUAAUGUUCGUUUAUACGUUUUUCUCCUCGUUCAUAUACAUCAUCAAUUACGUGGGAUACGAUGGCUUCUUUGGACUAUGCAUAAACCACGCCUGUUUGAAGAUGAAGCUGUAUUGCAGAGCGCUCGAAGACGCCAUGAGGAGUGACAGCAGGAGACACGAGAAGAUCGUUGCGGUCAUUGAAGAGCAGAGGAGGACUUAUGAGUACAUCGCAUUAAUACAGGACACGUUCAACAUAUGGCUCGGUCUAAUAUAUGUGGCUACGAUGAUACAAAUGUGCACUUGCAUGUAUCAUAUUGUCCAGAGCUUCAACAUAGACGUGAGAUACAUUAUAUUCGUGAUCUCCAUAAUCCACAUCUACCUGCCUUGUCGUUACGCAGCCAAUCUCAAAUGCAUGGCAGCCGAAACCCCUACCCUGAUCUACUGUUGCGGAUGGGAGUCCGUAUCGGACUUGAGGAUCAAGAGAAUGAUGCCAUUCAUGGUAGCACGCAGCCAAGUCAUCGUCGAGAUAACGGCUUUUAACAUGUUCGCUUUUGACAUGGAGCUUUUCGUAUGGAUAAUGAAAACUUCAUACAGCAUGUUCACGUUGAUGAGAUCUUAG